AUGACACUUGUUUCUCAGGAAGAGAAGAACAUUGGCCUUGCUCCUCCUCUGCUGCUUCCUGCUGCAUUAUCAGUGAAUGUUGUUCCGAGCUUGUCAUCAAUUUUGAUGUCCAACAUCACAAGAGAAAGCAACGCGAAUGAUUACCAAGAUUGUGGAAUCUCGUCAGGGUUUUCACCAUGGGAAUUAAAUAUUGAAAGCUGUGAGACUCUGAUGUCGAUUAUCAGAAGUUAUGAAGCAGCCUCUGGACAAGUGAUAAAUGCCCAAAAAUCUUCAAUCUCGUUCUCAAGGAAAACUCUUCUUGAAGUCAAGGAGAGAGUCAAGCUUGCUCUUGGCCGAGGACAAGCUAGAUCAAAACGAGAUGGAGGAUUGGGUAUCAGAAAAAUUCAGAGCUUCAAUGACUCUCUCUUAGCAAAACUCAGCUGGAGACUCCUCACCAAACCUUCUAGUUUGGUGGCUCGGGUUCUGCUUGGAAAGUAUUGUAAGGAUAAAGGCCUUUUGGAUGUUUCAGGGCACACUAGUUCAUCACAUAGCUGGAGAGGUAUACUUAUUGGUAGAGAUCUUCUAUCAAAACAAUUGGGAGUUGUCAUUGGAGAUGGGAAAGAUACCUCGGUGUGGGAUGAUCCUUGGUUGUCCCUGGAAACAGUUGGGAGUUAUCAUUGGAGAUGGGAAAAUCUGUGUUUCGCCAGAAAGCUUAGAUCUUGUUUAUUAGCGAUAGCAGUAACUCUUUAA